AUGGGAGCAAAAGGACCUUGGAUUCAACUCCAGAAACUUCUGGCCUCCUGGCUGGUUGGAGAGCAAGACUGGGACCAGCACCUGGACCAGGUCUACAUGCUGCAGCAGAAGAGGAUCUGGGAGUCUCCACUGCUUCAGGCAGCCAAAGAAAACGACCUGUGUACACUUAAGAAACUUCUGCUGGAACAAAAUUGUGACUUUCGACAAAGAGGAGCCCUGGGGGAGACAGCGCUGCACGUAGCGGCCCUCUAUGACAACCUGGAGGCCGCCAUGGUGCUGAUGGAGGCUGCCCCAGACCUGGUCCAGGAGCCCACUGUGUGUGAGCCAUUUGUAGGUCAGACCGCCCUGCACAUCGCUGUCAUGAACCAGAAUGUGAACCUCGUGCGUGCCCUGCUCACCCACGGGGCCAGCGUCUCUGCCAGAGCCACAGGAACCGCCUUCCAACGCAGCCCGCACAACCUCAUCUACUAUGGGGAGCACCCUUUGUCCUUUGCUGCCUGCGUGGGCAGCGAGGAGAUUGUGCGGCUACUCAUUGAGCAUGGGGCUGACAUCCGGGCCCAGGACUCCCUGGGGAACACCGUGCUACACAUCCUCAUCCUGCAGCCCAACAAAACCUUUGCCUGCCAGAUGUACAACCUGCUGCUGUCCUAUGACGGAGGGGACCACCUGCAGCCCCUGGAGCUCAUGCCCAAUCACCAGGGCCUCACCCCCUUCAAGCUGGCGGGGGUGGAGGGCAACACUGUGAUGUUCCAGCACCUGAUGCAGAGGCGGAAGCACAUCCAGUGGACAUAUGGACCCCUGACGUCCACUCUCUAUGACCUCACAGAGAUCGAUUCCUGGGGAGAGGAGCUGUCCUUUCUAGAACUUGUGGUCUCUUCCAAGAAGCGGGAGGCUCGCCAGAUCUUGGAACAGACCCCAGUGAAGGAGCUGGUGAGCUUCAAGUGGAAGAAAUAUGGGCAGCCAUACUUCUGCAUCCUGGGUGCCUUGUACAUCCUCUACAUGAUGUGCUUCACCACGUGUUGCGUCUAUCGCCCCCUCAAGUUCCGUGUUGGCAAUCGCACAAGUCCUCGAGACAACACCAUCCUGCAACAGAAACUACUACAGGAGGCCUAUGUGACUUACCAGGAUAACAUCCGGCUGGUGGGGGAGCUGGUGACUGUCAUCGGGGCUGUGCUUAUCCUGCUCCUAGAGAUCCCAGACAUUUUCAGAGUUGGUGCCUCUCGCUAUUUUGGACAGACAAUCCUCGGGGGGCCAUUCCAUGUCAUCAUCAUCACCUAUGCCUCCCUGGUGCUGGUGACCAUGGUGAUGCGGCUCACCAAUAUGAAUGGGGAGGUGGUGCCCAUAUCCUUGGCCCUGGUGCUAGGCUGGUGCAGUGUCAUGUACUUUGCUCGAGGAUUCCAGAUGCUGGGUCCCUUCACCAUCAUGAUCCAAAAGAUGAUUUUUGGGGACCUGAUGCGCUUCUGUUGGCUGAUGGCCAUGGUCAUCCUGGGAUUUGCCUCCGCGUUCUGUAUCAUUUUCCAGACGGAGGACCCAGCCAACCUGGGGGAAUUCUCUGACUACCCCACGGCACUGUUCAGCACCUUCGAGCUGUUCCUCACCAUCAUCGAUGGUCCUGCCAACUACAGCGUAGACCUGCCCUUCAUGUACAGCCUCACCUACGCGGCCUUCGCCAUCAUCGCCACGCUGCUCAUGCUCAACCUGUUCAUCGCCAUGAUGGGCGACACUCACUGGCGAGUAGCCCAGGAGCGAGAUGAGCUCUGGAGGGCCCAGGUCGUGGCCACCACAGUGAUGCUGGAGAGGAAGAUGCCCCGCUUCCUGUGGCCUCGCUCAGGGAUCUGCGGGUUCGAGUACGGCCUGGGGGACCGCUGGUUCUUGCGGGUGGAGAACCAUCACGACCAGAAUCCUUUGCGAGUGCUUCGUUAUGUUGAAGCUUUCAAAUGCUCAGACAAGGAGGACGGACGUGAGCAGCUGUCUGAGAAACAGCCCUCUGUGGCUGAGAGUGCAACGCUAGCCAGGGCCUCUCUGGUCCUUCAAACUCCUUCUCUGUCCAGGACUACAUCUCAAAGCAGCAGCAGCCACCGGGGCUGGGAGAUCCUUCGUCGCAACACCCUGGCACACUUGAAUCUUGGCCUGGACCUUGGUGAGGGGGAUGGAGAGGAGGUCUACCAUUUCUGA